AUGGACAGUCCUGAUGGCAAGGGAAUAUGCCUUGGAAAUGGACAAUGUUGUUCACAUAGCGAAUGUUAUGCUUCCGAAGAUUGCAAUCCGGGAGCAACAUGUCCAGAAAAUUUUUGUAGGUUCGAAGGAAUGCCAGCCAUAUGCAUCGCAAAGGUGUUAUGCUGCACUAGUAAUUUCAAGCGUUUUUGGCGCUCCUAUAUGACCAAAUACCAUACACAACCUACAUCACCGUGA